CCGCAUUUGGCAAAAGAGGACUUCUUCCUUUUAUUGGGUUUGUUUUGGGCGAACGUCUUCCCCACUUUUUCAUUAAAAAACAUGCCCACGCCCUUAUAUUAUAUUCGAUUUGCCAAACCACCUCCGGUACAAUGCGUUGUGAAUCAGCCCUUCACCGUGGUGUGGAAUAUAGAGAACGAUCUCGGUGACAUGGUGUACUGGCAUCCUGUACCUGUCAUGUGUCGGAUCGAAGCAUCCAGGACCGAUGUCCAACUGCGAUUAGCUCCAGCUCAAAGUAAGGGCAGUAAGAGCAAACCGAUCAGUGUAAACCAAGGAGCACCAACGUCGGCGCCCGUGAUAUUGACAUACGAUCCUGCUCGAGGCGGUGGCAUGGUCACUCGGCUGAUGCUCGAGAGUGCCGGUUUCCAAGGUCCAAUGAAAUUUCGCUUGAUAUUUGAGCUAGCGGCUGGUGCCCGCCAAGGGCACGAGCACAAUGUAUGGAGGAGGGCUUUUCGCUUUGACCAAUUCGAGCCCGUAUGGAUCAUUCCGACAUGGUCCGUGAUGUUGCACGUGAUCAAAUCCGAAGCUCACCGCACCGCCGGCGAUCGGCAAGAGGAUAAGCAAGCAGAGAGAACAUUGAUUGCAAAAGACCAGCAGCUCAUUAACAUCAGGGAAGACGCCUUUCAAAGUAUUGCUCGACACGUAUGGGACUGCGGACUGGCUAUGUGCCAUUACAUAUCCUACCGUAUACGGCUAUUGCAAAAGUAUCAGCAUAUCAUCGAAUUAGGCAGUGGGACAGGUCUAGUAGGCAUUUAUUUUGCUUCGCUACUGGAGCCUCGGACCAUGUAUCUGACCGAUCUGGCGGACAGUAUCGAUAUCGUAGAACAGAAUGUUACACUAAUGGAGCCGGGUCAAACCAAUGUGGUUGUAGAAGCACUCGAAUGGGGAGAUAAAAAAGCUACACCUUGGAUGGGACCGGUGGAUCUUAUUUUAUUGACAGAUGUGUUGUACAACCAAGGAUCGCACGACGUAUUACUGGACACGGUGGACCGUCUGAUGCGGGGAAAUACAAAAACAUUGCUCGCGUACAAAGAACGCAAUCCGGACGAACGUGUGUUUUUUACAAAGAUCAAAGAACGCGGCUGGCGUUGUGUUCGGGAUGAAGACACUGCCUUUUCAUGCGAAAUCUAUUGGAUCGAACCUGCAUGCUAAAUUUUUUUUGGCAACUCUUCUACAAAUAAGCGUACAAUGACCGAGAAUACCCGACCAUGCCAGCGGUCGCUUGCAUGUAUAAUUGUUAUUUUUCGUUUUAUAUAAUCUCUCUGUACAUAUGCAUAGAUUUAUUUACUUUUGAUUUUAACGCUUUAAAAUACCAUAAAAUAGAUUCAUU